AUGAGUGUUGUUCAGGAUGAACAACACGUCGAAGCGAGAUCGGCUAUCAGAGAUUCGAUCGUAGAGCAAGCCCGAUCGACUGAAAGAGGAUCGAUCGAAGAGGACGUGACCGCGAUAGUACCCGUAACGGAAGAAAAAUCCGGCGUUCCUGAGAGCAAUAAAUUCCGAGAGAGUUAUGUUGAGGGUGUGGAUCCCCAACCACCUGCGGAUGUGUUUUCCCAGGAAAUCACCGAGUCAGUGAUUGUCUUGGUGAAUGACGGAUCAAGUGUAGGCGCUUAUACACUUGAUCUGGUGACGCCCCCGAAGUCAGCUUCGGAGGUGGUCAAGUUGCCAACGCUGGAAUCUAAUAGAUUCUUGCGAGAUCUGCGUAGUGACAAGAUCAAGCAGAUCUGCAUACUCGUCAAAGAGGACGAGUACGUCACCACUAUUCGGUCGGCACAAGUGUUCGCUGAGAACAAACGGGUUCUCAGUAGUUCAUCGAUGGACGAUAGUGUCCUCGAUGAGAAGACCCGGAUAGAUCGAUACACGUCUCAUUCUUGGGAGUCUUUAAAAACGAAUCCUUUGUAUAAGGAUUUGUUGAAAUUCAGGGAUGUUUUCCCGGAAUCCGUGCCAUGA